AUGCCAUUCUUCCCGGAACAGGACAACAUCCUCCAGCUAAACGAGCAGCAAUUUGACUUCAAUAUACAGUUUGAGCAGCUGUUCUUUUCGAUCAUCCCGUCCGUCUUGUUCAUCAUAACAUCAUUAUGGCGAGCUGCUUCCCAACUACGAAAGCCCACUGUGGUGAAUGCUCCGGUGUUUCAACUCAUCAAACUGGGCGCGAUUACUGGCUACUUUGGCAUUGAUCUUUCACUCCUGAUCCUGGCUGUGGUUGGGUCCUUCCAGGUUACUAGCAUCUUUAUAGCUUCGUCGGUCCUCAAGCUCGUGUCAACCCUGUUUAUGAUCGUAUUAAGUCUUGUUGAUCACAGCAAGAGUCCGAGGCCGUCCGUGUUAUUGAAUAGCUACUUGUUUUUGACGUUACUACUGGAUGCCACUCAGGCAAGAACUUUUUUUCUUUCAUCGGGCGACAAGUCAGAGCUUACCUACAGUAGUGUCUUUGGUGCCGCUAUAGCUUUCAAGGUGGGAAUAUUAUUAUUGGAAGCCCAACGAAAGUCAAAAUGGGUAAAUUGGGACGAGAAAGAGCACAGUCCAGAGGAGAGCAGCGGAAUUUUCUCCCUGGGGGUCUUCUUCUGGCUCAACAAUAUCUUCUUAGACGGAUACAAGAAGGUUUUGACCAUAAAGGACCUUUAUCCACUUGAUAGCUCUUUGAGCGCUGAAUCACUGCAUGAAUCAUUCUCGGAGAACCUGGAUUACUCGAAACUGAAGGGUGACAAAUUCGGUCUUGUAAAAGUGCUUGUUCACACGUUGAGAACCCCCCUUAUACUCCCUAUACCUCCGCGACUGGCACUUUUAGGAUUCACCUUUGCACAACCGUUUUUUAUCAAGCAAUUGUUAGAUUACCUCACCGAGUCUGAAGCUGACGCGAACAUUGGGUAUGGCUUCAUCGGAGCUAGCUUACUGAUUUACUUGGGAAUUGGUAUUUCCACGGCCCUUUACUGGUACUUCCAUCACCGAAUGCGUGCCAUGACAAGAUCUGUUUUGGUCACUGAGAUCUUCCAAAAGGCUACAAAAGUUCGGAUGGGAUUUGAUACCGAGAGUGCCGCCCUGACACUCAUGAGUACCGACAUCGAGCGAAUCAACAAUGGAUUGAGAUCUAUACAUGACAUAUGGGCGAGCAUUAUCCAGGUUAUUAUAGCUAGUUGGAUGCUAUAUAAUCAGCUUGGAGUGGUCUUCGUCGCACCGAUGGGGGUGGUCACAUUAUGUUCUAUCGGGUUGGCGAUUCUUAUGAAUUUCACUGGUGACUCGCAGAGGGAGUGGAUGGCAGGAGUUCAGAAGCGAGUCGGUCUGACGGCCACGGUCAUUGCCAGCAUGAAGCACCUGAAGAUCUCUGGGCUCUCUGAUGCCGUGGGUGGCUUUGUGCAGAAGCUCCGUGUAGAGGAGCUAGCGGCUGGAACCCGGUUCAACCGGAUAUACCUCGUCGCAGCCUUCUUCGCCUUCGUUCCACUAUUGAUCAGCCCGCCACUUACAUUUGCAUUCUCUCAACGGACGCUGGAUGUGUCGAGAAUAUUUACGAGUCUCUCUUGGCUCCUGCUGCUGACGAAUCCGUUGUCAGAAGUCUUCCAGUCAAUCCCAGAAGUCCUCUCGGGACUGGCCUGUUUAGGCCGAAUCCAAUCAUUCCUGGAGAGCGAAGAUCGCCAUGAAUUUCGUCAAGUUCUUGCUGAUAAUAAGCAAGAAUUAGAAGUUGUUUCAGCGGAUGUAGUAACAUCAUCUAAUCCAGAGCUACAAUCAGUGCAUUCCGUUACCAUCAAGAACGGAAAGUUUGGCUGGGAAGCAGACAAGUUCACCUUGCGAGACAUAAACACUCAAGUAUCCAAGGCCUCUCUGACCAUUAUCGUUGGACCAGUUGGAGCGGGGAAAUCAACGCUCUGUAAGGCCCUGCUCGGGGAGAUUCCCUUCAGCGAAGGCACUGUUACUUUGAGCAACGAAUUUCGUCACGUUGGAUUCUGUGACCAAACAGCGUUCCUUUCAAAUGGGUCAAUCAGAGAUAAUAUCGUGGGGUUCUCUGCAUUCAAUAAAGACAGAUAUACUGAUGUUAUCCAUGCGACGUCCUUGGACUUUGACUUGGCCACGUUACCACAAGGAGACAGAACGAAUAUUGGAUCUGAUGGGAUCACAUUAUCUGGAGGCCAGAAACAACGAGUCUCCCUUGCGCGAGCUCUGUAUUUGCAGACAAAUCUGCUGGUAUUGGAUGAUGUAUUCAGUGGCCUUGAUGCAGACACUGAGGAGCAAGUCUUCCGGAAAGUGUUCGGUCCAGAUGGGAUACUCAGACGGCGGCGCUGUACAGUCGUUUUGUGCACUCAUAGUAUCAAACACAUACCCGCCGCGGAUUAUAUUAUAGUACUAGAAGACGGAACCAUCGUCGAGCAAGGUAGCUAUGACCAGUUGGCUACUCGUCAGGGCUAUAUUCAACGCCUAGGAUUGAGCAGGUCUCCUGAUAGCAGUGCCCCAUCUCAGAAAUCGAUACCGGAUAAAAGCGUUCGAGAAGCGAACCCCCAAGUACUUCACACAACAACUACCAACACAUCAGUCCUGGAGACGGACACCGACAUUUUACGACAAGUUGGUGAUAAAUCGGUAUAUAAACAUUACUUCAAGAGCAUGGGGUUAUUUCUAGCAGCACUUAGCCUGUUGUUUGCAGCUCUUUUUGGUUUCUUUACGAACUUCCCAACCAUUUGGCUAAAAUACUGGUCUGAUGACGCUUAUUCGGAGCAUCCAACUCACUCCUACGCUUACUACGCUGGGAUAUAUGCUCUGCUCCAAAUAUGUGCCCUAAUAUCGCUGUUUCUCCUUGGUAUUGCGGUUUUUGUCGUCUCUGUGACAAGGGCCGGUGCCAAUCUCCACCAAGAUGCCUUGCGAACACUUAUUCGAGCACCGCUACGAUUUUUCACAGCCACGGACACCGGUGUCGUCACCAAUUUGUUUUCGCAGGACUUGAACCUUAUAGACACAGAGCUGCCAAGUUCACUGCUGAGCGUCUUGUACAGUGUUUUCCAAGCAAUCGGACAAGCAGCUAUCAUACUUACUGCGUCUCCGUUCAUGGCCAUAAGCUACCCAUUCCUGGCCGUCCUACUAUAUAUCCUGCAAGGGUUCUAUCUAAGAACUUCUAGACAGCUUAGGUUGCUGGACCUUGAGGCUAAAAGUCCUUUAUACACACAUUUUUUGGACACUCUGAAAGGCAUCGCAACUUUGAGAGCUUUUGGCUUUCUUCCCGAAGAUGUCCGUAAAAAUAUUCGACUAAUUAAUUCCAGCCAACGGCCCGCAUAUCUCCUCAUCAUGAUUCAACAAUGGCUCAAUUUGGUUCUUGACCUCGUAGUCAUGGUAAUGGCUGUGGCUCUGACGGCUCUUGCAGUUCGACUUCACUCUAACUCAGGUUUUAUCGGUGCUUCUUUGGUGACUCUCAUGAAUUUUGGAGAAUCCCUCUCAGGCAUUGUCAUAUUCUACACCAGAUUAGAAACGUCUAUUGGCGCGAUAAGCAGACUCAAGACAUUCAACGAAAGCGUGAAGCCGGAGGACAGAGAGGAAGAAGAUAUUGUUCCUCCUGAACAGUGGCCACAGAGUGGUGUGAUAGUGUUGAAUGGCGUAUCCGCGAGUUAUAAGCCGGAAGAACAAAGCAAUGGCACACCCAACUUAGCCCUCCGCGACGUCAACUUAAGUAUCAAGUCCGGAGAGAAAGUAGCCAUCUGUGGUCGAACUGGCAGUGGCAAGUCCAGUCUCAUUGCUCUGCUUCUUAAGCUUCUCGAUCCCGUCUCAGAAACCUUGGGGAACGCAGUAAUUGAUGACAUCCCGCUCUACCGGAUUUCUCGAUCUGCGCUACGACAGCGUAUAAUCGCAGUGCCACAGGAAGCCGUAUUUUUGCCGGAUGGCUCAACAUUCAGGGCUAACCUAGAUCCGCUCGACACCUCGACGGCUGAGGAGUGCCAGGAUGUCCUCAAGGCUGUGGGUAUGUGGAAUUUCGUCCAGGAACGGGGUGGCCUGGACGCAGGCAUGAGCGCAGGAAGUCUAAGCGCGGGACAGCGGCAACUCCUGUCACUUGGGCGCGCGCUGCUGAGAAGGCGUAUCCGGGCACGGUGUGCAGGUUUAGGAGCAGAUCUUCCAGAGAGAGGUAUCCUGUUGUUGGAUGAGGUGAGCUCGAGUGUCGACCACGAAACCGAGCGUGUUAUGCAGGAGAUCAUCCGAACCGAGUUUAGGGGUUAUACCGUUGUGGCUGUCAGCCAUCGCCUGGAUAUGAUUAUGGAUUUUGACAGGGUUGUUGUCAUGGAUACGGGUGAGGUUGUGGAAGUAGGAAACCCGGUUAUGCUGGCAAGAGAGGAGGGCACCAGAUUUGGGGAGUUGGUGCAAGCUGGAGCAAAGUAG